GUAAAUUCUUAGGGUUUGUCGUUAUAGAAGGCUGUGGAACGAUUUUUUCUCUUUGAAACGAUGUUUGUCGAGACAAACGAGAAGCGUUUGCUAAAGAAAAGUUUCGCCAAAGAAUGAAAAAAAUCAAAUUUUCGGAUUUUUCGCUGACGAAUGACAUUGGGAAUUUUGUGGGAGUUCGGCGCAUGCCCAGUAAUGUUUUGACCCAAAAGUCAAUUGCACGGCAGACUGUCCGUAAAGAAGAGUGUAUGAAUAUGGUGUUUUCUUAGCAUAGGAUGAACGUUUUAGGCUAGAUUUGUGUAGUGGAUGUCCACUUGUGUUUAUUUAAGUGCAUUUUAUUGAAUUUCGUCGUAAACUUUGAUGAAUUGUUUACUGAUAAAUGACGUUGGCCGGCACAGUGCGUAAUGGCGUUUCAAGCCGUUCUCAAUCUAAUCACGGAAUAUGGGAUUGAAAUGACACCUGAAGGGAAGUUCUAAACUCGAGACAGUUUGCAAUCAGUUUUAGUUUGAUGUAUUUGUUGCUAUUCCGGUACAAAUCGUCAUACUCGUGUUACUGCUUAGUGCCCCAGAAACAACUUUGUUCUUGAUAUUUUCGAAAUGACUGUGAUAGAUCAAAAUGUGAUAUACCCAAAAAGAUUAAUGUUUAAGACAAUACUUUAGUUCAAAAACCUGCUCUUCAGUUUGCUUUCGCCGGGUGGUACUCAUCUAAUUACGCGACAAAAGUAUAGGAAACAUGGACAAAACGGAUCAGAAGAAAAACUCGAAACACCGCGGUGCCAGCGAGUCUCACAAUACGAGACACAGCGUGAAUUCCAGCUCGGGUGUGCUGAUGGUGGGUCCGAAUUUUCGUGUGGGUAAAAAAAUAGGCUGUGGUAACUUUGGAGAACUUCGAUUAGGCAGGAAUCUUUAUAAUAACGAGCAUGUUGCCAUCAAGCUGGAACCCAUGAAGUCAAAAGCGCCCCAGCUUCAUUUAGAAUAUAGAUUUUACAAAUUGCUCGGCAGUCAUGACGGUAUUCCGGAAGUGCAUUAUUUUGGACCGUGCGGGAAAUAUAACGCUUUAGUAAUGGAAUUGUUAGGUCCCAGCCUUGAAGACCUUUUCGAUUUGUGCGAACGUAGAUUCUCCCUUAAGACUGUCCUCAUGAUCGCAAUACAAUUACUACACCGAAUUGAAUACGUCCAUUCCAGGCAUCUUAUCUAUAGAGACGUAAAACCGGAGAACUUCUUAAUCGGCAGGCAAAGUACAAAGCGGGAAAAAAUCAUUCAUAUUAUAGAUUUUGGUUUAGCAAAAGAAUAUAUUGAAUUGGAAACGAAUAAGCAUAUUCCGUAUCGAGAACACAAGUCAUUGACGGGCACAGCGAGGUAUAUGUCGAUUAACACUCAUUUAGGCAAAGAACAAUCCCGCCGAGAUGACUUGGAAGCUUUGGGUCAUAUGUUUAUGUACUUCCUGAGGGGUUCGCUGCCUUGGCAGGGGUUGAAAGCGGACACCCUCAAAGAACGGUACCAGAAAAUCGGCGACACCAAAAGGGCGACGCCGAUCGAUACCCUAUGCGAAAAUCACCCGGAAGAAAUGGCCACUUACUUGAGAUACGUGCGGAGAUUAGAUUUUUUCGAAAUGCCCGACUAUGAAUAUUUAAGGAAUUUAUUUACGAGUUUAUUCAAUAAGAAAGGUUACGUGGAUGACGGGGAAUUCGAUUGGACCGGAAAGACAAUGCCCCCUAACGUGUAUAUACUUCAGCAAAUACGGAACGCCCCGCCUUCUAAUAAAAUUAAAACCAAAUCGGAUAAGAGUACACCAGUAGGUUCUUUGCAGACAACUGCUCAUGACGUGGUUAUAUCGCCAAACAGAGAAAGGCACGCCGCACCGAAUAAGACUAACAAGACCAACGCUUGGCCAGAAGCUUCAAAACAGAGCACGCUGGGAAAUUUGACUCCUGCCGAUAGGCACGGUUCAGUUCAAGUUGUAAGUUCAACAAAUGGCGAACUAAAUGCGGACGAUCCAACCGCCGGCCACAGUAAUACACCAAUUACUCAACCUCAAGAAAUUGAGUUGCUAGACGAAACUAAGUGUUGCUGUUUCUUCAAAAGAAAGAAGAAAAAAGGUUUGCGCACGAAAUGACUACAGUAUAGUGAGACCGACCAACACCUCACACUGUUGCCGUGCGGUCACAGCAGUGCGGCAACAUUGACUUGAUUUAGUUUCUGAGAUGACCAAUGUCAACCUUGUUAUUUGGAAUAAAUAGCUAAAUAUAGGAUAGCCUUAAUUACGUAUAAGUUUACAUUAAGUCGUACCAUAUCUGUGAAUGUUCUACAGAAGCCUUACUCGUCGGUUCUGUACUUCUUUCAUCGAUUCAUUAAUUGCUCAUUCUUACUUGCUAAUAUCAAUUUGUACUAUAUCAUUAUUUAUUUACCAAAUCCUGCGUUUCGUAUUAAAAUAAUUUUGAUUUUAUUAUAGUGUGCAUUCUUGGUAGUCGAGUUUUAAACUUUUUUCCAUGUUAGCGUUAGUUUUUCGCGAGAAAGUUUUUAGCUGAAUGUUGAUUUUUGCGAGUAAGGCCAAUUUUAGUACGUUUUAUAAUAAAAUUUCUUAAAGAGCAAUGUAAAUUACCAAGUAUGUAAAUAGAAUAUAACCGCAUACUACUGGCAGAAAUGUUUCAUUAUAAAUUAAUUAUUCGUACGUACGUUUUUAUAGCUGAAAGCGUUUUGAUGGGGUUGUUUCCUCUUCUAGCGAAAUUAUAUUUGGAAAUAUUGCGCACCGGUACUUUAAAGGAAAAAAAAAUCUUUUUACUAUUUUGUUAACUGUUGCUUCAUCAAAAAAUUGCGUUACUUUUGAAUUUGGCCAAUCGAACUAUUGUAGUAUGGCGGGUUUUUAUUAUCUUGUCCGAGAAUGUGAUUUUUGAUACCUGAAAAAGGGGCGUGCGAUAAAAAAACAGUUUUUAGUAUAAAAAAUUGAAAUAAUCGUAACGAAAUCACCUCCUCGUUGGACGACACCGCCUCGUCCAAGUUAUCACGUGAAAAUUAUUUUUCGUUUUUAACCACAAAUGACGUUUUUGUACAAUUAAAUUUUGUUGAUUUCUUUAAGUCAAAAUAAAUUCCGCCGCAAUUAUUUCUUUUUAAUCUCCGAAUUUUGUUUCUUGUUUUUAUUAUUUAACAAAUAAUUCAAUUGCUAUAUUUUAGGGGAGCGUGUGUUGCGUUAUUUAUCGCCAUGGAAGGGUACGGUUUUUAACGUUUUUAAAUUUUUUCUUUAUUUUGUGAGAUGGUUUUUUGCCGGACUUCCCCUUGAACGCCUGUUGCAAGUAUUAUCCGAACAAAACAUAUGGAAAGCGACCCCAUUCUGUUGUAAAUAAAGGAGUUUCGUAUUAAAUUUAAUCAGAGUUUAUCGUUUAGUUAGCUUGUUAUGACAUUCAUUUAAUCGAUAUAUUUAAACGAUGUCAAUCUAGGUACUUUCCAAUAUCAGUUUUCCAUUUUAGGCACCCAUUACAUUCUACGUUUUAUUUUUUAACAGUCACUACUAAUAUGAAUAGGAACAGGGAAUUCUCAAAAAAAAAAAGUGGUUAUGUGAUUUAAGCAUUGUGAAAUUUUGCUUUGUUGUUGAUCUCAAGUGAUAAUCGAUCGACUGCUUUCGUUAUGCAGAAAGUCUAGUAACAAUUUAAUUGUUUUUCAGACAUGCACCAUCGAUACUUUUUGUGGCUAUUAAAAAUUAUAUAGAAAAUUAGAAAUGUAUUAUUAUUUCAGAACCCUUCGGUGAUAAAUUGAUACUAAUAAAGUAAACUCUGGGUAGACUACGCCUGUAAUAUACUCUUAGAGUGAACAGUAAAUUUCCCGAUUAAAAGACUUAUACCGCUCAUCCCAUGUUUUAAUUGUGUAUGUAUUAAACUGUUGUACCUUAUUAAAUACAAAAAUAUGUGCAUCAUCUGUGUACUUUCUAUAGGUAAUAAACUUUUCUGAAAUUU